UAGAACAUUAUUGCAGCUGUAGACUGUUAAACAGCAACACAUCACACCGCUCUCUUACCUGUGCUUCUCUGUACUGGAGUGUGCAGCAUUCAGCUGGGAAGGCUCAAGGGCACAGCUUGUAAAAAGUCUGCUUUUCAUUUUGUUAUUUGCACACUCCUGCUACAGAGAGGAAGUGGAGGGUGAGGUGCCAGAGAGGGACAACGCAGGAUGAGAGAGCGAUAUCUAAGGAGGCUGAUUUUGUAGUUAUCUUACUCUUGCUGAAGCAGCAGCUGGGUACUGCAGACAGAAUGACAGAGAUGGAAAAUAGUUUAAUGCUGUUCACUUGUGUUGCUGGCUAUUUCGUGGCUGUCUCAGGCUAUCCAAGUGGACAAAUAAGUGCGUCAUGUGACACCAUGCUUCCAUCACAUUCGGGCAAUAGUGCCCAAUCGUCUGCAGCCCCUUACAACAUCAUAGUUUCUAAAACUACAUUUAAUGCUGGUGAUAUUAUAACAGUUACCAUACAGUCCACAUCUGGAAGUAAAUUUAUGGGAUUCCUCCUUGAGGCUCGAUCAGUGGGAGGCGACUGGGUUACUGGAAGUUUCUCCGUCACAGAUGGGAAUGCUCAAACACUAACGUGCAGUGCGGGCGCAAACACAGCAGUCAGCCACACAAAUCCUAAUGUCAAAUCGUCUAUCUCUGCUUCAUGGACAGCUCCUGAAGGAGAUGCACCUGUGCGUUUCAGAGCAACCGUUUUGAGUAGUUACUCCACCUUCUGGACUGGUGUGCAGAGUGACAUCAUAGUUGCACUACAGAUGUCUAAUACCACAUGUGGGUCUCAGAAAAAAUGCUUUACUAGUCCAGACAGCUGCAGCCCCAGUGACAACAAUUGUCUGUUCAUGUCAGCAGCUCCCUCUAGCAAUGGUUACGUAUUUGAAAUGAGUGGUGCAACAUCAGGUUAUGUGGCCAUUGGUUUCUCGAGUGAUACAAAAAUGGGAAAUGAUGAUGUUUAUAUUUGCACCAGUUCUUCAGGAAAUAUUACGGUACAACGCGCAUAUACCACUGGACCAGUCACUCCUAUUACUACCAACACUAGCACUGCAGGCUCUAUAGUAACAUCUUACGUAAAUGGAGUAUUGAAAUGUUCAUUCAUCACACAAAGUGAUAUCGUUCUGCCUUCCCAACAACGAUCCAGUGCCACCUCCAAAUACUACAUAUUUCUUGUCAGUGGCCCAGCUAUGGCAAAUGGACAAAUCCUACAACACACAAAGGUCACUAUGUCCAGCAGUAUUGUUGACCUUUCAAGUUUUCAGUUGGUCAGUGCACAGAGUGGAGCAAGUUCUUUAGUACUUGGUCAUGGUGCCCUGAUGCUGAUUGCUUGGAUGACUACUGGCAGUAUUGGGAUGAUUAUGGCUCGUUAUAUGAAGAGUGCAGCUGGAAAACCAGUCCUUGGGAAGGCUGCAUGGUUCCAGACUCACUUAAUGCUCAUGGUACUGACUGUAAUUCUGACAAUAAUUGCUUUUAUCAUGGUGUUUGUGGAAGUUGCUGGCUGGAGUGGUGACACUGGUGCCCAUCCAGUUCUUGGAUGUAUAGUCAUGAUACUAUCAUUCUUACAACCCAUCGCAGCUCUGUUUCGUCCAGACCCAAAAAGCAGCAGACGGUUCAUCUUUAACUGGGCGCAUAGAGUCAACGCACUAGUGAUAAAGAUACUAGCAGUGGCUGCCAUUUUCCUCGGCCUGAUUCUUGUGGACACAACCCCAUCUCUAUGGAUGGCCAAGGUGAUGGGUGGAUUUUUUGCAUGGGAAGUUCUGUUCUAUAUUAUCCUGGAGACCAUAAUGCAACUUAAAUCAAAAGUUGAGCACAGGAGAAAGCCAGAGAGUGCAGAGCUACAGCAAUAUACGGCCCCAGCCACACAGUCUGCUACACAGGAUAAAGAUAUAUAUGAAAAUACUAAUAAAAAGAUACAAGUGGAGACUGUGGCUCUUUUGGUCUUCGUUGCUGGAAAUCUGGCCUUUCUGAUAUCCCUGCUGGUUGGCAUUGGAAACUCUUAACUGAUUCUGUUUUGUCGCUGGAGGGAUUGCCCUUUUACUGCCAAAGGCGCAACUGUAACUUUAGAAGGAAAAAAUUAACUACUAAAAACAUUUUUUAUUUGAUUUUGUAAAUUGCCAAAGUCCAUCUCUGAUGUGUCCGGAUCCAGAGUACAUUCACUGCGCAGGACGCUGGUGAAAUGCCUACAGUGACUGAUUCAUUGACAUAAAAGAGAGAACAUAGGAUACAUGGCUACAUCUUCACAACACUAGAUUAUGCUUUUGUGUUUUGUUUUCUUUGUUUUCAUUUAAGAUUUUCUUAAGUAUCAUACAGUCUGUGGUUGCAAUUGUCAGAGGUGUGUAAUACCUGUUGAUAAUUUUUUUUUUUUUUGUCAUACAGUAUGUGACCUUUUUAUAUUAAAGAAUUUUUUACCACAA